AUGCCUAUGUGGACAGAUACACAAGGCGAAAUAAAUACUCUCCUGAAGAAUACUCUUGCUGCCAAGAAGAUGGAAUACCUCGUGGCUCGAGGCAACCGAGUCGACGAGCGAGGCAGAGGAGAAACAAACAGUGGAGAGAAAAGCUCAAAUCAUGGGAUGCACAAGCAGCGAUGGAUGAACUGCCUCAAGGUUGGUAAAGGGGUGUUAAAACUUAAAAUUAAUACCUUUUGUUUUGGCAUACUUAUCAUUUUAAUAAUACCUUUGUCAAUAAAUGGAAAUCCCCAUGAACCCAUGAAAUGGACAAUAUCUAACUUACAGAUGGAGGAACCAGUCCAGGUAAUCACUACUCCAGGGAAAGUUAACUUUACGGUAUCUUUAACCAAGUUAAUUAUUGGGAACCGUAAAGAUAAAGCUGAUUUGUGUAAGCCAAUCUAUAUAUGUCCUGCAUCUAAUUUUGGGAAAGGUUAUUGUAACCAACCGGGUCAUUUUUAUUGUGGCUAUUGGGGAUGCGAAACUUGGGCUUCCGACUGGAAUACACCCGGGGAUAAACAUAUGAACAUAGAAUGGAUGCCUAAAGGGUGUAAGAGACCUACUAUAGGACACGAUGGACAUAUAUAUGGACAUUGUAAUGAUGAAGGAUACUGCAAAAACAUAAGCAUAGUAAUUAAAGAUCCGGAGAACGACCAGUGGUUAGCAGGAAAAUAUUGGGGAAUUAGAUACUGGGAACCCGGCCCCGAUAGGGGAGGAAUUUUUAUGAUAUCCAAAAGACCAUUGCCACAUGAUCCUCAUCCCAUUGGACCUAAUCCAAUCUUGAAUCCGGUUUUACCAACCUUGCCCAACAAAAAUCACGAAUCUACUCAAGAGAUACCGUUAGCAGUCAUGGUGCAUGAAUCUGAACUUCAAGACCCCUUGUGGGGUAUGAUGCAAACUUCCUAUUUAGCACUGAACUCAACUAGACCAGAUCUGACUGAGGAUUGUUGGUUAUGUUAUAACGUAAGACCACCCUAUUUUGAAGCAAUAGGAAAAACAAGUAAAAUUCGGUGGUCAAAUGGAACGAACCCCCAAGAAUGUGAUUGGGGAGAAAAGAAUCGCACUCGGGGAAUAACCUUACAGAUGGUAACUGGACAAGGUCGAUGUAUAGGUAAAGUACCCAUAAACUAUCAACCAUUAUGUAACCAAACCAUUAGCAAUUAUGCAAUUUCACAGCAUAAGAUUCAAGGAUCAAAAUGGGCAAUACCCUCUGGUAAAGCAAAAUGGGUCUGUUCAGAUAUUGGAAUUACGCCUUGUUUGUCUUUAAUUUUAUUUGAUUAUGAGAAAACAUUUUGUAUUCAGGUGUUAAUUAUACCCAGAAUUAUGUACCAUGCCUCUGAAGAAAUAAUACAAUAUUUCGAAAAAGACAGAAAUAGACAAAAGAGAGAACCCAUAACCGCCAUCACUAUUGCCACUAUCCUUGCCAUAAGUGGAGUAGGGACAGGGAUAGCUUCUCUAGUCAAAGGAAGAGAAAUACAAAACUUACAAAUGGCGGUUGAUGAAGACCUAGAAAGAAUACAGAAAGGCAUUGAUGAUCUAGCAGAGUCCGUCCACUCACUAUCCGAGGUAGUGUUACAAAACCGCAGGGGUUUGGAUUUAUUGUUUUUAAAAGAUGGAGGACUGUGCGUAGCCCUCAGAGAAGAAUGUUGUUCAUAUGUAGAUCGUACAGGAAUUGUAAGAGACUCAAUGCUGGAAUUGAAGAAUAGACUAGAACAAAGGAAAAAGGAAAGAGAAGCUAAUAAAUCCUGGUAUGAAAAUAAGUUUAAUGUUUCCCCUUGGUUAACUACCCUAUUUUCUACUUUAACAGGUCCUAUAAUAAUGUUAGUGUUAGGACUAACCUUUGGACCAUGUAUUAUUAAAUAUCUGUUGAAAACAAUUCAAGAUCGCUUCGAUACAACUAAACUGUUAUUAUUAAAAACUAAUUAUAUUCCGGUUGAAACUAUAAGUGAUGAAGAAAGCGAAAACUAUGUAGGAGAAGAUGAAAAUAGUCAAAAUUCUAUAAAAUGUAAUGUUUGA